UCAAACGACCUCUUGUUAUGGGUCCUCACAGCCUAGAGUACUGUCUGAAACCCGAAAUACUCAGCAACUGGAAGCUGACAUGACUGUAGUGAUUGGAUUUGAGGGUAGUGCCAACAAGAUUGGUGUGGGCAUUGUGAGGGAUGGGGAGGUACUCUCAAACCCCAGACGCACCUACAUUACACCCCCUGGUCAAGGGUUCCUUCCUCGUGAGACAGCCAGACAUCACCACAGUGUCAUCCUAACAGUUCUGAAGGAGGCGCUGGAGGAGGCAGGGCUGAAGCCUGCUGACGUUGAUUGCGUGGCAUACACAAAGGGACCAGGGAUGGGUGCCCCUUUGGUGACAGUGGCUCUGGUGGCUCGCACAGUGGCCCAGCUGUGGGGGAAGCCUCUCCUGGGUGUCAACCACUGUAUUGGCCACAUUGAGAUGGGCCGCCUCAUCACUCAAGCCAAUAACCCCACUGUGCUCUAUGUCAGUGGGGGUAACACACAGGUGAUUGCAUACUCCGAGCGGCGCUACAGGAUAUUUGGUGAGACCAUCGACAUUGCAGUGGGCAACUGCCUGGACAGGUUUGCCAGGGUGAUAAAGAUUUCCAAUGAUCCCAGCCCUGGGUACAACAUUGAGCAGAUGGCCAAGAAGGGUACACAGUAUGUGGAGCUUCCGUACACGGUGAAGGGGAUGGACGUGUCAUUCUCUGGGAUUCUAUCCUAUAUCGAGGAAGCAGCUGGGAAGAUGUUGAAAUGUAAUCAGUGUACAGCAGAAGACCUGUGCUUCUCCCUACAGGAGACCCUGUUUUCCAUGCUGGUGGAGAUCACAGAGAGGGCCAUGGCUCACUGCAGCUCCCAGGAAGUGCUCAUCGUUGGAGGCGUUGGCUGUAAUCUGCGUCUGCAGGAGAUGAUGGGAGUCAUGUGCAAGGAGAGGGGUGCAAAGCUCUUUGCUACAGAUGAGAGCUUUUGUAUCGAUAAUGGAGCAAUGAUUGCACAGGCUGGCUGGGAGAUGUUCCGAUCCGGUCAGACAACUGAGCUGUCAGACUCAUGGAUCACUCAAAGGUACAGAACAGAUGAAGUGGAGGUGACCUGGAGAGAUUGACAGCUCACUACCCAAAAGGCUGCAACUUGCACCCACCCACCUUCCCUUUACCUGGAUUGUAUGUGUUGUGUCAUGAUGGAGGGAAAGAAUGUAGAAAUAUUAUAUGCCUCACUUCUAUUGUUCUGAACUCAACACAACAGUUUUUAGCCACACUCAUUAGUAUUUUAGGCCUAGACUAAAUCCGGACUGCAGAGAAUCUGCGCUAUAGUGCGAUUGAAAUGUAAAGGCAAUGUUCCCGCAUUUGGAGAAAACACCUUUAUCUUUUGAUCUUUUUUGUCUUUCUCUAGCGCUGGAUUCAAUCUGUAUCGCAGAAGAUCCGCAUUAAAGUAAUUUCUGAUUGAGCCAACAUAUGCAGCGUUUACCGUGAAUGAAGUCUCCACGAACGCAGGAACUAUGCCUUUAAAUUUCAAUAUAAUGCAGAUCUUCCGCGAUACGGAUUUAAUCCAGCCCCUAGUCCACAAUAUAGUCACGUUUAUACCUGGUGUUAACGUGUCCUGAUCUUGUCAACAUUCUGAUUGUGCAAAUAUAUUUAAGUGUAUACGAUUAAAAGUACCACCUCUGGA